CGCUCGCCCUUCCGUCGGGGCCCGUCAGCACAGCCCUGUCGCUUCUGUCACCAGCAGCCGGGCCGACAUGUGCCUAUGACCAUGGAGAUGAAGGACUCGGGCAGCGUAGUCCUCACAGCCUACCAUCCCCACAGCCCGGCCAGGAUACCGGCCAUGGAGCAGAGCUUUCUACAGGAUAUCCCUCCCAGCCAUUCACCCGCCAGCAGAAAGUCCCUCUCUCGUUGUCGAAGAAUUAACAGGAUGCUUUCAAAUGAGUCAGCACCUCCUCCUACAUUCAGUCGCUCCAAUUCCCAGGCCUCCAUGGACAGCACUUCCAUGGAGGACUUUUGGUGUGAAGUGGAGAGCAUCAAGGAGAGCAGAGAAGAUGGAUCUGAAGAAGCAACAGUCUUGGAGUUCAAACCUGCUGAUGAAGGGGAACUGGAGGCAGAAUGGCUGCAAGAUGUAGGUUUAUCUACGUUGAUCUCUGGAGCUGAAGAGGAGGAUGGCCAAGCUCUGCUGUCCACUCUGACCAGAACUCAAGCUGCUGCCGUACAGAAGAGGUACAACACCUACACUCAGACCCUGAGGAAGAAGAACAAGCACACAGUCCGGGAUGUGCGAGACAUCUUUGGCACCAAUGACUCUUCUCUCACAUUUGAGACAGUUCCAGUGCCACCAGUUCCUUCUAACGGUAUCCAGCUCCCUGGGCAGAAGGCAGUUUGGAAAUCAGUUACCUCUACUAGCUGUCUAGACUGCGGACUAGAUAAAGGCAGCCCAUCCGUAACAGAAGAGCUCUCUUAUGAGGUCUCUUUCUCAGAAUCCAUUACAGUCCUUCCAAAAACCCAAGAGUGGCCAAAAAAUCAGAGGUUCAAAAAAGAAGACUCGGCUUUGCCUAAAUUCGUUGUUCGGAAAAGCCGGUUUGGACUGACAGAGGUUGGAGACCUCUCCCCUGAAGACAUGAAGAAGAUCCGCUACCUCUCCCUGAUUGAGCUAACAGCCUUCUACGAUGCGCUGGGGGUGGAACUGAAGAGGAACCGUGCAGAGAGAGUGCGGGGACGAGAGAAUGGUCUUUUCGGAGUCCCUCUCACUGUGCUGCUGGAGAACGAUCAAAAGAAGGUUCCUGGAAUAAAAGUUCCCCUUAUCUUCCAAAAAUUGCUGCUCAAGCUUGAGGAAACAGGUUUGGAAACUGAAGGAAUUCUACGGGUUCCUGGAUCUGCCUCCAGAGUCAAGAAUCUCCAUCAAGAACUUGAGGCAAAAUUUUACGAAGACACUUUUGACUGGGACCAAGUACGAAAUAAUGAUGCAGCGGGACUGCUGAAAAUGUUUAUAAGAGAACUCCCAAGCCCACUCUUCACAGUAGAAUAUCUGCCUGCUUUCAUCACACUAGUGGAAAAAAUCUCCAAGAUCAAGUUACAGCUACAAGCUUUGCAUCUGUUGAUCAUGCUGCUGCCUGAAGCCAACAGAGAUACAGCCAAGGCCUUUCUUCAGUUCCUGAAGAAGGUGGUUGCUAAUGAAGGGAAAAACAAGAUGAAUUUGUGGAAUGUUUCUAUGAUUGUUGCACCAAACCUCUUCAUCUACAAAGGGAAACGUGCAAACCAACAAGAAAUGCAAGCAGCUGCCACCACAGCACACAUCGUGCGGCUGUUAAUUCGGUACCAGGACAUCCUGUGGACAGUCCCAUCUUUCCUGAUUUCCCAAGUGAGAAAAAUGAAUGAGGCAGCGAUGAACAACAGCAAGAGACAGCUGAUGUUUGACAAAGGAGUGAGAAAACUUCUGAGGAGAAAGACCAUGGAACGGGAGAGACCUGAAAGACCAGAGGGAGCUGUCACUUUUCCCCCAUACCUGCAGUCUGACAUACCCGAGGGGGUGAUAAGAGUUUAUGCUCCACUGCAUUCAAAAGUCUCUAUGGCAAUUCAGCUCAACAGCCAAACAAAAGCCAAAGACAUCCUGGCUCGAUUCCACUGUGAAAACAGCCGUGGAUCAUCACAGAAUAUGAGAGGCCAGAUCCAAAGUUUACAUGAAAUUGGAGGAAAUAUAGGUCAGCACUGCUUGGAUCCAGAUGCAUACAUGUUAGAUGUCUACCGUGCAAAUCCUCAGGCAGAAUGGGUGAUAAAACCAAAAGCGAGCUGAAGCAGAAGGCUGCAGUGUACUGGACAAAAGCCAAAUGGACAAGAGUGAUGCCUGCCAUUUUAAGAAGCUCUUGCAGAGAAAAAACGGUAGCUACAGGACAUCAUUCCUUCCUACUGUACUGUCCAACUGAUGGUCAGCACAUACUACUUUUGGUAUUCCAGAUUCUGACCAUCAGGAAAAUAUCACAUCAGUUAUACUUUCAUAUGGAUUACACUUGUGCCAGUUGGCCCAGGAAUUGAGGAGGACAGACCAAGGUACGGUGUGCAGAAAACAACCUGUCACAUACAAGUUGUUCGUUUCCUGACCUGGUGUUAGAACACAGAUUUUUGAAAAUAAUCCAGUGGCAUCAGAGGAUGAAUGAAACACUACCUACCGCAGUGUAGCACAGAAGCACCACAGAGACGUUCAAGAAGAGAAGGUACCUGUCAGAUGUGGAAGACAGGAGCUCAACAUGCAGCAGUGCCAAGACACAGCCGUGUGACAAAACCAAACCUUUCUGCUGAAAGUAAACCUGUACAGUGUGCAUUACUGCAAUAAUUGUCUCUCAGUCACUCUUCAUGAGUACCUGAUACUGGGGGUGGGAGGCAGGAGAAAGAACUACUGUAUAGACAGCUAUACUGCCUAAUGUGUACCACUGUAUUACAUAUCACUACCAGUCUUCCAGAAUCGUCCGUCUGGAUCAUGUAGCUGUGUGCAAUUGUAAUGCCACAAACCAUUCUCUCCUUCCUUCCUCUGUCACACACACAAAUUUCAGGAGAUAAAUGCUAGGUAAGAAGGGGCAUAUGACCCUGGCUCUGCCUUUUACUUGAUACUCUCAGAAUUAAGUCUUGUGUAAUGCCAUACUAUAAGAUAUGUGUUAAUGGUGCCACUUACAGUCACCACUUGUUUCUGUCAAAUAUUAUAGUUUCUUAUUUGUAACCUAAUUAUUUUUAUUUUGUUUAUUUUAGCUUUAAUAUGUAUGCAAUUUUUAUACUAUUCAGCUGGAUUGACAAGAGAGAUCUUUGUUCAGGUCUUGUAUAAUACAACAUGGAGAAGAAAAAGAGUUUCCAAUGAGCAGUGAGAUUUAAUAAUUUACACAUUAGGUCUUCAAAACAAUAGCCAAACUAGGCCCAGUCAUGCUAGGGGUUUUACAAAUACACAGAAAAUUGCAGCUCCUUUUACGAAUGACAUGCAGUCUAAGAAAACACAGGCUGACAAGAGAACAACGUGCUGCAACUGCCUUGGAAAUGUAAGACAGUGUGUCUAGUUUGUAGCUAGUCACAAGGGCAAGCACUGUUCUUCCCUAGUCAUCUCCUUUGGGGCUAUACUUUACUGAACUAAAGCAUGUUUGUUGAGCUGGGAAAUCACAAAUCUCUGGGAAGGAGCAAGUCUUUUUUUCAUCUUUGUCGUAUGCAAAAAAUGGGAAUUAAUACCUUCAACUGCACUGCAGUAUCUCCAUCAUUAAGAUGAUGAUAUUGCACAAUGAAUCCACCCACAGCCUGAGCAGUGGGUUUUGUUCCUGACCUGGAUGCACAGAUAAGGCAGAAGCUGUUUAUCAUGUAGCAGUGUAAAAGUGUUCUGAACCAAGUCCUCCAGGUGAACAUAAAGGAUGCUGUCCUGCAGAGGAAGUCUGCAACUUGUGAUGCUCUGCUGAAGCUGUGCAGUGAGGACCUGAACCAGAAGCAGGGCUUCUAGAAUGUGCUAAGUUAAUCACGUUGUUCAGUAGUUAACUUUCUUUGUUAGUGAUCAGUGAAAGAAAUCAACAUUGAAUUAAUAACUUUACCAGCAACAAUAAUGUCUACAGAGGGCAGAUCCUGUCUUCUUUCUUACUUUCUCGAUAAAAAAUGAUAACAUUUUAGCAACAUAAUCCUUUCAUUUUCUUUAAAACAGUGACAUUUUAAACUUUCCUGAUGUUUUGUUUGGUUUUUUGUUUCUGUUUUUGUUUUUUUCCCUUUCUUUUUCUUCUUAACACUAAUGGAGACAUAGCUGCAGCCAGGAAAAGACCAGGACAGUUGUAUUAUAAAAUACACUCCUUAUUUUGACAACUAUUUCUUAUAAGUAUACAAGAGAUAGUAGAUCUGUGGUUUGUUUAUAGGACUAAGCAUAAAUGUUUUGUCAUGUGUUUUGCUCCCGAUACCCUUUAGUUCACCCUGUGGCAAUGGACAACUCUUCCUACUUAUGCUGCCCUUUUCUUUCAGCUGUAAAGCAGGAAGAGUACUUUCCAUAUAAAGGCAACAUGAUAAUUAGUUGAGUUAAAUUCUACUCUCAGAUGCAGUCAAACAAUUCCCUGACCAAAUGAGGAGUUACAAACAUCCAUCUGGAAAGGAUAAACUUAGCAAAGGUGUUUUAUGUGGAAAGUGCUUUGAAUACUAAGAGCAUCAUAGAAAUGCUAAGCAUCACCGUAUUUAUAGCCAAUUAAAAGAGGUUCUAUGACUAUACAGAAAGCCUAAACAUUAACAAAAGCAUUUGAAAUGUCAUAGCAAAUGAGCUAACUUUCUACAGUACUUUCAGACAAAUACACUGACCUCCUCCAUCUUGCCCACUAACUUCAUACUGUGUUCUCAAUGGCCAUGCAAGGGAAAUUACAGAGAAGCCCUGUGUUCAUGCUGUAAUUUGCUCAGCAUGUUCUGAACCUCAUCAGUGUUAUUUCUGAAAUAGAUCUCCAUGUAUUCCAUACAGAAUACAGUGGGUUUUUGAAAGACUUGAUAUCACUUCACAACUUAAAAAGUCAAAUAUGAUGUAAUAAAAUCCAUCCUGUGAGCAUUUGUUUUAUGCUAAAACUGCCUAUAACUUUAUAAGACACGCAUAUUACCAGAUGAACUAGAUUCUACGUACAGUGCCCAGACUACUAUAGCGUGGCCAAAUACCUCCCGUCUCUGAAACAGAAUGUCAAAAUUCUUUUGUGAUACAAGUGGACCUAAUGACCCAUGUGUACUGUGCUUAAUACUGUUCUACAUUAAGUUGUUUUGUAUUGUUGUGGUACACUAACUUGAUUUCAUAUGCUGCAGACAAAUGGAACAAUCUCAAUGACAUUUUGAAAUAUGAGGUCUCAAGUUUAGGCCUUAUAUUUCAAGAUGCUGGUGGAGGCAUGAGAAAUUUUGUUCCUCCUCACAGCAGCUGAAGUCAAAACCAAGUUACAAUCGGAUUAUCACCUAACAAAAAGCAACAUAUGUGGAAAGCUAUUAAUAAGAAAGUGGUAGCAAGCAGGGAGAAAUUUAUUCAAAUUCCAAAGAUGCUUUGAGCAUUUAUUUAUGUACUCCAUGGUUCUACAAAGACAAGCAUUUUGCAUAUCAACACAGAGAGAGAGUAUUGUAAAAAGUAGGCUUUGGAAACAGACUGGAAUACACUAACCUGUUUAUGCAGCUAAUGUCAUUCGAAUGUGUGAGUGUGUGCAAAUGUGUCUGUGUCCAUGUGUAAUAUUAACUACCUCACUCUGCAUUUUCCAGGAAAAAUAUUUUGGCUUAGAGGUUUACUAUUCAAGAACUUUCUGUUCUCAGUUUCACCUCUCCACUAGUCUUAUCAUUGACAAAAUGUCUUUUUCUGUGGGGCAAGAUUUGAAAUGAAAAAAAAAAAUAUACUAAAAUACAUAUUUCAGGAAAUUUUAUCCAAACUGUGUUGCCUAAAUUACUUCUUGUAAU